AUGUCGUCUACUCAUAGACCAUUAAACCCCGAUACGAUUGAGUACCCCGAAGGAGACAACCAUCAGUUGAAGCUGUCUAUUCUGCAGUCGUCCGAGAGUCACGUCUCUGUCAAGGUACCUUACAGGGCCUACGUCGAGUACUACAACCUGGACAAGGUUCUGGAGUCUGCGCACAUCACCAGCAAAGAAGAAUCACUAUUCGGCCUCUACGCCUACCAGCUGACCGUUCCCAAUGGCUCUUCCACUUCCGCGGUGGGAAUUUCUUUGCCUGGGGCUCCCGGAACCAUUUCGCAGACUGGGAGUGAUGCCGAUAAGAGGAAGGAAGCCAGUGGAAAACAGGGCGGGACCGUCGAACUGUAUCUCGAUGAGCUACCCAAGGCGACAGCUGAGAAACUUCAUUUAAAAGCCAUCGGGGGGCAGGGGGCGACCACAAAGCAAGGUGCCGGCGCUUUGGGCGCGAAUGGCGACGGAGGCGACGGCGGUUCAGUCAAGAUCGUUUAUGACUGCGUCUCACUUUACGGAACCGGCAGCGAUAUUACAGAUACCGUCAAGGCGGUAAUCAACAUACUCGACAAGCUCCACAGGGGCGCGGCGACAUGGCCGGAAGAUUUCCAAACCAAGGAGAUACCCAAGAUUCUCAAUCUGCUGCGGACAAAGGCAGUCAUGGCCAGGCUCCAGAAAGACCGGGGAAAGUUGGACUCAAAGGAGGCGAUCGCUCGGUGCUCCAAAGAAAAGAUAGAGGCAUUGCUUUCCACCAUCGUCAUUACCUUGACGAAAAUCACAUGGUCUACCGAGGCGGACGAGCUCCUCAGUCACAUUGACAACAAAACUUGGCCGCAGGACUUUGGAGAUGAAAUCGACGACUUUCUUCACAUUCUAACCUAUGCAAUAAGUAAGGGCAAGAAUCCGGACCUGAUACCCUCCAACGUGAAGACUCAUCAAAACGUGGCCGAGUUGAAACAGGGAGACUUCAUGACCUAUAUUCAGAUCCUGAUUGACAUCCUUGCAAAUGAUGCGGGCAAGGAUCACAGCGCAAUGGUCAGCAGGGCAAAGGGGACUUUGCUUAAUGUCAAAAAGAGGACGUUCCCGUACGACUUUAGCGAGGACUUUCGCGUCUUUUUCAAAAUCCUCGACUCCCCAGAGCUCAUCCCGUGGAGAGACGACAUAGCCUCUGGUAUCAAGAGCCCUGAUGACCUUGCCAAGAGAUCCAUGUUGACUUAUAGACGCUGCCUUUCUAAUCUUGUCGAAAUUCUGGAUGGAAGGCCAACCGAGAUUGCCACGUCUGUACAAAGAGGGGUUGACGUCUCCGGAGGGAACCCCGGACUCAGCCUCGGCACUCCUGCGCCGGAUGGCCAAGUGCAUCACGGAAACGUUGGCACAGUCGACCUUGAUUGGAUUAAAGCCUUGGAUAAGACCAAAACCGAUGUCUGCUUUGCGCACCCUGUUCAGUGUCAGAUGCUUCUUGACCGGGCAAGCUUCCUCUUCUGCUUGGGCUCGGCCGAGUCCGUUGCGUCCAGCUUGGUCAUCCUCCAGCGUCUACAGCGUAGGCUGCAGCCUUUUGCGGAGCCCUUUGCGCCGGACAAGUCUCGCCCCUCGGAGCCGCUGCUCUGGAGAGCGUACAGAGACAAUGCCGGCUCCUUGUUCACCGUCGAGAAGAAAACGCCGGGAGACGCCUCCACGUACGAGGAGCCUCACGCGAUCCAGCAAUUUCGGGCAAUCCGCACCGAGGCGGCGACACUUGAGCAGCAGAUCUACUCUGGCCACAACUUCUACGGAAAGGGCCGCAACGAGGUCCCGCGCUGCACGUUUGCGUUCUACAGCGACUACAUGGACCAGGUGCUCUCUCAGCUAAAGAACCUGGAAGAAACCCUCACCAACUACCUGAACUACGACGAGCAGGCCGCUAAGGCGCUGGUAAACACCUUGGAGAAACGGCACAAGGUCUGCGAGACGAUCACAAUCAGCAAGGGGCUUGAGGAUGAGGCCAAGCGCAAUGUCGUCGAUCUAGGUCAUAAUAUCAAGUCAGCGGCAGUCACCAUCGCCAGUGCCAAAGCAACGCUGAUGAGCAAGUUGAAGGAUGCAGAAGAGGCCAUCAAGAAAGCCUUCUCCAUCGGCGGCGAGGAACUGGUCAACGGCCUCGGCGAGGUUGUUUUUGCUACAUCCAUGGGGCCCUAUACCGGCGCAGCGACCCUCGGCCUUCAGAUGAUUCGACUUUGGUCUCAAGGCGUUUCAAAGAUAAAAAGCGAUGAGACGGGCCUCUUGAUUAACAAGAGCUACCUGAUACAGCAGCUCGAGGAUGUGCAAGGCGGCGAAGACGGAAAGACUGGCCUAAAGAACAUCAACGAAGGCUAUAAAGUAAUCUCAAAGACCGGCAACCUAUCCCUGUCCGACCCAGGCGGCAAGAAGCUUCUCAUGCUUGAAUCAGAUUUCAGAAAAGCGCUGGGUGCAUUCAGGAGCGUGCUGGGCGAAAAGUACAAGGACGCCCUCUCUGCCUUUGACUCCCUUCAAAGUAUGUCUCUCACCCUUAGGGCUCUCUGGGAUUUGGGAACUCAAGAACAGGCUAACAUCCGCACAGCUAUUGUUGAGAAAAGAAACAGGGACGUCGUAGAGUACAACUGUGCAGUUGUGAUGCUCUUCAAAUACAUUCAAAAGCAAGAACAAUUAAACGCCACUCUGAAGCAGGUAAACGACAAGGAAUACGACGUGCUGAGCGCUCUCCACCCUGCCAUGAGGGCAUUCCUCCAAAAGAGGUACAAGGAUGUGGUGGAAACGACGCUGUUCUGGCUGUACAACAUGCAGCAGGCGCAUCGUUACCAGGCACUCGAGGAGCAAUACAACAGGAUCGGCGAGGUCCUCGCGACGUCCCCAACAACAUUCCCGAACCACGCCAUGCUGUUCGACGUUAAAAAUCGACUAGUGGGAGACAACAAGACCCUGGUCGCCAGUGUCGGACAGCCAAGUCAGACCAUAAAUCGUGUCGCGUACCAAGUCAAGGAUGAAAUACUCGGGGAUAUCCAGCGGGUGUACACGCACGGCAUGCGCAUGAAUUUCAAGGUCACUAGGCGUGAUAUCUCGCAUGGAAUGUACGACAUGCGGAUCAAUGCUGUGCGGUUCUACGCCGAAGGCGCCAAGACGAAAAAUGCCGGCGACAAACUUUAUGUCAGGUUGACGCAUCCCGGCCCGGAAACAUUCGUCAAGCGGGACAAUUCGUCGGUCACUUUUACGCAUCAACCUCUCACGGUGCUGUUCAUUUGCAGUACCAAGUUGAAGGAGCCGGACGGUCGUCCUCAAACCAUCUCGCAGGGGAAGAUUGGCUUGGAGGGCUCUCAAGACAAUCCCUGGGCGCGCGUCGGCCCGUUGACUACAUGGGGCGUAGAAAUCACCCAAGAGCUAAACGAGGGCUUGGAUCUCUCUGAGGUGAAGAAGGCCUACUUUGAGUUUGACAUCUCCUAUCGAACACAAGCGUGA